AUGUAUACACGAAGUGUAUGCUCGCGGAUCCGCGCACAUACACCGGAGACGGACUCGCAACCAUUGAUAUGCCCUUCUCUCGAUGACUUACAAGCACAACUUCAGCAAAAGUUCCGACGUCUUGAGGCAUCGCGGGCGAUUAAUCGCGCGUUUAUGGAGUUGUGGAGGUACAGUCUCUUCGAUUCCGACCCAGAGCUGCCACCAUUCAUUAUCGCCUACUCCGACAAUGCUGUGUUCUCAUCUAUUGUGCUCGAGUGUCUAUUCGUCAUUAUUCACGAGCCCCAGAAGCGCCCCAUUUUAGUCAUGCCCGAGUCGACUUUGCACGAAUAUUACGGAGGUACGCCGGACGUCUACGUUUUCUCCAUCCUCGAUGGCGACUGUGACCCUGUGGCUAGACCAGCGUGCCAGGAGGGGAUCGCACAGCAUUUUCGUAACUACGGACAAGGACCAAAGCCUGCGACGAUUAUGAUGGUUGCAGGAGAGCCCAUCAGCACCCAAGGCCUCGAUGAACGCGUGAUUUUACUGUCUACAGUAUCAGUGGUGGACCAUGAGCGCCAUGUCUACUUCAGUGUUGCAAGCAACUCGUUUGCCGAGCGUUUGGAUCACUCACCCACAGCGUUACUCUCGCCUUCACCAGCCUACAUGGAGCAGGAAGCGGUGGAUAGUCGACGGUUUUGUGCUUAUCUGUACGCGCGCUGCGAUCGUCCCCAGCGGGAAUACAUGUUCGACGUCUUGAACGCGAUGGAGCCUGUGGAUGCUCUGGGGAUCUGCGCUGGGUCUUCGCGAUUGCCUGAUGCCUCGUACGGUGCGUCUCGCUACUCAGACUGGUACAACGAUGACGCUGUCACCACGUUUCAGCGCUACAAAUUCGUUAUUGCGUUCGAGAAUUCGGGCGUUCCUGGAUAUGUGACGGAGAAACUCGUCAACCCGUUUCUUGCGGGCAGUAUCCCGAUCUAUCUAGGCAACUCGACGACUGUCUCGGAGCUAUUUAACCCCAACAGCUUUAUCGACUGUGGCCGCUUUGAGAGGCUUCGUGACUGCGCUGAUUACGUCGUGAAAGUUCACAGAUCGCCGGAGCUGUACGAUCAAAUGCAACGUGAACCUCCGAUUCGAGAUGUAGAGGCAUUCAAUGAGGCGUUUUCGUGGCAUCCGUCGGUUCCAAGUCGCGAUUUGGCCGACAAAGUAGCGAAGUUGAUGCAAAUAACGUAA